CCAUGCAAUGAACAGAAACACAUAAUUUACUUUUUAAAAUGAAAAUCAACUACGUACACACCUGCAUCAAUGCUUCUCCAUAAAAGUCAUGGCACAAAAUUAAACAACAGUCUUUGGCCAACAUACUUGUUUUUAUAGUUUCAAGAUUUCCGGCAGCACCUGAAGGCAACACUGACUCUGAGUAGCUUUGUCACUAUGGUAACGCGUUGCAACCAUCGUUUUCCCUGCUGGUUAACCAUAGAAAGAGAAAACCUUAUUCGACAUUACAGGAAAGUUUUACAAUUUAAAAAAAUUGUGCAUUUAAUACAGUUGCUGUCGCUUUAUCUUCCUCCAUGAGCAGGUUAGAGUGUUUGGGGAAAUCCUCCACCAGUCCAAAGAAACAGUUGGUAGCAGAAGUCACCUUUGCUCAUGCCAAGACGCAUAAACCCAAUGAGUGCUCACCAAAGGAAUCCAUCAACAUAAUACCAAGGGUUGAAAAAUGCACACAGUCGACUGCAGGGCCUGACCAAGAUCUGACAAUGAAAGACUUGAGGAAGAGCCCAGACUCACCACUAACAGAGGGAACAAAACAUUGUCCUCCACCAGCUGAGCCUCUCCCCACACAUGGAGAGGAAGAACAGAGCGAGGAAGAGGGUGUUGAGGAUGAAGACAUUAAGGCACCAGUGGAGCUGAUAAUGGAGUUCCUCAGAGCUGUGAUGGACAGAGACUUCCAGCUGGCCAGCAAACUGUGUCAGAUGAUUCUCAUCUAUGAACCAGACAAUCCUGAGGCCUCUGAGUUUCUCCCGCUGAUCCAGAAGAAGCUGUUGGAGGAGCAAGAGGCCGAGCAGAGCACAGAGGAAGAAGAAGAAGAAGAUGAGGAUGACGACUCCGAUGAGUCUGGGAGCGAUGAGGAGUCAUUUCCGAGCUCAAGAUGCUCUUCAUCGCGCUCCUCCUCACCAUCAGAUGAUGAUGAAGAAGAAAAGCAAGUAAACAGACACAAGCCGUGUCCUCCUUCUCACAUCUCCCCCUAAAUCUAUUGUACCAAAACAACAGAGCAACUAAUGCCAUCUUGUUACCUUUGGAACAUUGUGUUUAUUGUAAUCCACUGAACUAUUUUCCACAGUCUUUGUUCAUUUUGCAGAAAUUGUGACAAUUAUGUAUGUAUUUUCAUAUUUCACCUGCAAAUAAAAUAUGUAAUGUGGACAA